CAACAGUUUACCCACAAAAGUGAGGAGGGGCAAUCCCAUGACAUCAUGCUCAUAAGACUAAAUGAUGAUGUUAAAAGUCCCACCAUCAACCUUCCUCCUGUGGAGUGUACCAGACCAGAAAUGAGUCACCAGGUUCAGAUCGGAGGCCUGGGUUUCAAAGCCGACAGUGGAAAAAAAGCCAAAGCGCCCAGCAAAUUGCAGUGUUCCAGCACAGACAUCAAAGAGUGUGGUGAGGAUGAUAAACCUGAUGCAAAAUACUUCAGUGAUGAAACUACCACCAUGUGUGCCUUUAAACCUGGCGUGGAGGUCUGCUUUGUAAGUACACAGUUCAUUUCUUUUUCUUAUUUUUGUGUGUCAUGGCAUAUGAUCACAGCUCUGAUCCUUCUAUUCCAGGGUGAUUCAGGUUCAGGUGUGGAGUACAACAACCUCUUAUAUGGGAUCAUUUUAAACAACCCUGAUGAUAAGUGUUCAGGCAGACUUGUAAUGCUGGAUAUUUGUAAAUACAGGAAGUGGAUCGAUGAAACCAUGGAGAAAAAUUAAUGGAUACGUUGCAUAGAUUAAUACAGAAAUUGCAAAUGUACUUUAAAUAUUGCUUAUUAGCUAUUAUAAUCACCUGCCAAAUGAGCUUAGUUGCUGUUAAUUAAAGAAUUACUGCAUUAUCAAGAUCACUUUUU